AUCCCCCUCGUUCUCAGGGACGACGCACUUCCCCAGAAAAGAGUGGCUGUCGGCCAGCGUUUCUUCAGGCAGUGCCGCGGGCAGCCCUCGGGCCCUUGUAAGGCGCGCGCCACAGCCCCGCCUCCUUCCUUUCGGCCGGAACCGCCAUCUUCCAGUAAUUCGCCAGAAUGACCAACACAAAGGGAAAGAGGAGGGGCACCCGCUACAUGUUCUCUAGGCCUUUUAGGAAACAUGGAGUUGUUCCUUUGGCUACAUACAUGCGAAUCUAUAAGAAAGGUGAUAUUGUAGACAUCAAGGGAACCGGUACUGUUCAAAAAGGAAUGCCCCACAAAUGUUACCAUGGCAAAACUGGAAGAGUCUACAAUGUUACCCAGCAUGCUGUUGGCAUUAUUGUAAACAAACAAGUUAAGGGCAAGAUUCUUGCCAAGAGAAUUAAUGUGCGUGUUGAGCAUAUUAAGCACUCUAAAAGCCGAGAUAGCUUCCUGAAACGAGUGAGGGAAAAUGAUCAGAAAAAGAAGGAAGCCAAAGAGAAAGGUACUUGGGUUCAGCUGAAGCGCCAGCCUGCUCCACCCAGAGAAGCCCACUUCGUGAGAACCAAUGGAAAGGAGCCUGAACUGUUGGAACCCAUUCCCUAUGAAUUCAUGGCAUGAGAGGUGUAAAGAAAAUUAAAAGACCUGCACUGUACAAA